AUUUUGAUAUUGGAAAAAAAAAAAAUCCAAAUCCUUAUCUCCUCCACAACACAAACACCACAAAACCUCUCACAGCUUCUUCAGCAACUCUGUCCACCAAUUACUUUACUUGGCCAAGAAAUUAAUUUUAUAUCAUACAAACAAUCAUCACUCCAAUAAUCUCUCUCUCUCUCUCUCUUCAUUUCUACCUGUUGAAACUUUCUUGUUAUUCCUAGACAGUCUUUCUCAUAUCUGCCCUAACUUUUGGUGAAGGGUUCUGGAGGUUUUUCCACAAAUAAGCUGUUUCUGCUUUCUGGAAAAGCUGGCUGCUUGGAUCACCUCUGGCAUCUUCUGGCAGUUAUACAAGUGUUCUCAGCUGUGGCUAGUUCUUGUUUGGUAAAAUCAAGCUUGGGCAGAAAGAAAGAGAUCAAGAGGAAGAUGAAAAUUCAGUGUGAUGUGUGCGAGAAGGCUCCGGCGACGGUGAUUUGUUGCGCCGACGAGGCAGCUCUGUGCGCCAAAUGUGAUGUUGAAGUGCACGCAGCAAAUAAGCUUGCAAGCAAGCAUCAGAGGCUUCUUCUAAAUUGCCUCUCCAGCAAGCUCCCUAGAUGUGACAUAUGCCAAGAUAAGGCAGCUUUUAUAUUCUGCGUUGAAGACAGAGCCCUCUUUUGUCAGGAUUGUGAUGAAUCAAUUCAUUCAGCCAAUAGCCUCUCUGCAAACCACCAGAGGUUCCUUGCCACUGGAAUCCGAGUGGCAUUGAGCUCCAGUUGUACUAAGGAAGCUGAAACAAGUAGCUUGGAGCCACCCGAGCGUAACACACAGCAGAUUUCAACAAAAAUUUCAGCACCACAGGCUUCUGGCGUCUCGUCACCUUGGGGCGUCGAUGACUUACUGCGAUUAUCAGAUUUUGAAUCUUCUGACAAGAAAGAGUCAUUUGAGUUUGGAGAGCUUGAAUGGAUAGCAGAUAUGGGUCUUUUUGGUGAGCAGUUUCCUCAGGAGGCCGUGGCAGCAGCUGAAGUUCCUCAGCUUCCAGCAUCACAGCCAAGCAAUUUUGCCUCAUAUAGACCCCCAAAAUCGAACGGCCCAUACAAGAAGCCUAGGAUUGAAAUCUCAGAGGAUGAUGAUGAGCAUUUUACCGUUCCUGAUCUUGGCAUAUUUUAGACGUGUAUCAACUUGAUGGUAUUAGUUGAUAGGUUGAAUUAUAUAUCUUCAUACUAAGUACAUACCCGUAUGUAUUUACGUACGUAUCUAAGAAUGUAUAAUGCAUUUUGGGAGAUUAGCUUUUUUCCGUUGUCUUUUUCAUUUGACCCAUAAAAUAAACAUAUGUAAUUUUGCCUCCUUGGCUACAAGACCAUAUGGCACAGAUAUAAUACCAAGUGACAGCAGUAGUUGGUGUU